UUGAAAAGCAAAUCGUUCACAGCACACCCGUCUUGAGUACUGGAACUAUGCCGCGGGGCCGGCCUCGCAAACUGAGAGUUAAAAGCAACGACGAAACAGAUGCUGAACCCAGUGAAACUAAGGCAGAAAGUUUCAAUGAUGGAGAACUCAAGGAUAAGAAGUGCACAAUAUGCUCCCAGAUCUUCACCACAGACAGCCAGCUGCAGAAGCAUCUCAGAGAACAUGAGAUCAAUGAUAAGCCUCAUCGCUGUGACCAGUGCUCACAGACAUUUAACGUGGAGUUCAACCUCACACUACACAAGUCAACACACACCACCUCCGACUUCACCUGCCCCGUUUGCAAUAAAAAGUUCUCCCGCAUCGCCAGCCUCAAAUCCCAUAUUAUGCUGCACGAGAAGGAAGAGAAUCUCAUCUGUCCAGAGUGUGGAGACGAGUUUGUGCUUCAGAGCCAACUGUCUCUGCACCUGGAAGAGCACCGGAAGGAGCUCUCGGGCAUCAGCGUCUACACCUGCAAAACCUGCGGCAAGGAGUUCAAGACGUCUGCUCAAAUCAAGGAGCACAUGAAGAGCCACAUCAAGAUCAGGCCACUCUCCUCUAGUUCCAGAAACUACAAGAAAAACAUAGACCGCAGUGGGUUUACAAACAGCUGCCAUCACUGUGGGAAGGCUUUCAAAAAGCCCAGCCAGCUUGUUAGGCACAUACGAAUACACACAGGUGAAAGACCUUAUAAGUGCUCACACUGCAGCAAGGCUUUCAACCAGAAGGUGGUGCUGCAGACUCACAUGGUGAGACACACUGGAGAGAAGCCUCAUCUCUGCAUGUUCUGCCCUGCAUCCUUCUCACAGAAGGGGAACCUGCACUCCCAUGUUCAAAGGGUUCAUUCUGAGACCAAGGGGGUACCUCUGUUCCGAUGCAUGGACUGCAGUUGUGUAUUUAAGAAGCUGGGGAGCCUGAAUGCCCAUAUCAGCAAGAUGCACAUCUCUGUGAUUGAGGUCCCCUCCAGCACUCCGGAGACAGAGACACCAGAUCACACUGCAGGGGGUUCAGAAGGAGGCGAGGGGGUGACAGAUGUCAUCCAGCAGCUUCUAGAGCUAUCAGAGCAGGUCAGUGGGGAGACAGCUCAGCCUCAGCCUCCAGAGCCAGCUAUUACCAUGGAAACUGCCAUCAACCAGGACAUCCUGCAGCAAGCUCUGGAGAACAGUGGGUUGAGUGUUGUCCAGCCACAGAGCGAAACCACAUCCAAUGAAUCGCAGACUCACAACACUGAAUGUGCUGCCGCAGAGAGCAAAAAAGUUCAGGGUCCAGACAAGCCAGUCAGGGAGAAGAAGAGGAGUAUUUUCAAGAAACCCAUACAAAUGCCAGGCUCCAUCAGGGAGGAGGACGGCGUUCGCUGGCACGGCUGCCCGUACUGCUCCAAAGAGUUCAAGAAACCCAGUGACCUUGUUCGCCACAUCCGCAUCCAUACCCAUGAAAAGCCUUUCAAGUGCAAACAGUGCUUCAGAGCUUUCGCAGUAAAGAGUACCCUCACAGCACAUAUGAAAACGCACACUGGUAUCAAGGCCUUUGAGUGUCGUUGUUGCCUGAAGAGCUUCUCCACUUCAGGCAGCAUGAAAGUACACAUGCGGCUGCACACAGGUGUACGUCCUUUCCCCUGCCCUCACUGUGACAAGAUAUUCCGCACAUCAGGUCACAGGAAAACUCACAUCGCCUCUCACUUUAAAAGCUUGCAGCAGAAGAAGCAGAAAUUUCCACGGAAAACCAACAAAGGCAAAGUGUCCAAAAGCAACCUACCUUUGCAUGACAUCCCCUUACAGGAGCCCAUCUUCAUCACGGAUUAUGGUCUCGUCACAUCCCAGAACUCCCGCCUGGCGUUUCAACACUACCUGGACGUUAGCAAUGAGAGACCGUACAAGUGCCAAUUCUGUAGCAAAGCCUACAAGAAAUCAAGCCAUCUAAAGCAGCAUGUCAGAUCACAUACAGGAGAAAGGCCAUACAAGUGUGUGCAGUGCAGUCGUGGUUUUGCCUCCUCAGGAGUCCUCAAAGCUCACAUCCGCACGCACUCGGGUCUAAAGGCAUACAAGUGUCUGAUUUGUGACACAACCUUCACCACCAGUGGCAGCCUGCGACGCCACAUGACCACUCACAGUGAUCUUCGUCCUUACAUGUGCCCCUACUGCCAAAAGACUUUCAAGUCAUCACCCAACUGCAGGAAGCACAUGAAAACACACAGGUAUGAACUGGCCCAGCAGCUGCAACCCCAGUCAGCAGAGGACCCCUUAGGUGCAGGUGCUGUCGCCCAUGACAUGCCUGUGGAAAUGGAGGAAGAGUCUCUCCAGCAAGGCCCUAAUACCGCUGCAGAGCAGCAAAGCAUGCUGGGACUGGGCCAGACAGAGGUUGUGAACGGAGGCCAGCAGGUGACACUGGAAGCACCUUUGACUGACCAACCACUAGUACAGGGAGAAGACUCGUAUGUGACCACCCAGCAUGCUUUACCUCAGAACAUCAGUCAGUUUGGAACACCAGCACUUCCCCAGCCUGCAUUUGACCAGCAAGCUCUAACGCAAGGCUUCACCAUCACUGACUCCAGCUACAAUCAGUCCCAGUUCUCCACUGUCCAGCAGCUGCAGGAUUCCAGCACCCUGGAGUCCCAGGCCCUGUCCUCCAGCUACCACCCCCCAAACCUGCUUCACGUUCCCACUGCCGAGGUGACGAAUGGACUUCUUCAGCAGAGCAGUGAAAAUGAUCUCCAGCUGACAACAGAAACACCAGACUACCAGGAAGACAGUGAAGAUAACACCAAGAGAGCUUACAGGUGCAAUUGGUGCAAUAAAGGUUUCAAAAAGUCAAGCCAUCUGAAGCAGCAUAUCAGAUCCCACACUGGAGAGAAACCGUACAAGUGUCACCUCUGCGGACGAGCCUUUGUGUCAGCUGGAGUGCUAAAAUCCCACCUCAAUACUCAUACAGGAGUGAAGCCCUUUAGGUGUGAUGUUUGCGAUGCCUCAUUCACCACCAAUGGAAGCCUGAGCCGCCACAUGAUUAUCCACAUCAAGUCUUUUAAAUGUCCCAUGUGCAACGAGAGCUUCCGAACCAGUCUGCUGUGUAAAAGGCAUUUAAAGAAGGAGCACAGUAUUGAAGAGCAAAUUAUAGAUCUGGGUGGUCAUGGCGGGGAAGAGGAAGAGGAUGAAAUGGAAGGUGAUCAAAAAACAUCAAAGCGGAGGGGUUUGGAGAUCAUCACUUUCACUGAAGAGCAGGCAGCAGAGCUAGCCAAGGAUCCCGGUGAGGAGGCCUCAGUGUCGGAGCGCAUCCUCGCCCAGUCCGCGGCCGAGAGGGAUCGCAUCAGUGAGAUCAAAGACAAAGCCGUGGAGCUGGAAACAGAACCCAAAUUUGCCAACUGCUGCAAUUACUGCCCCAAGAGCUUCAAGAAACCCAGUGAUCUUGUCAGGCACAUCAGGAUCCACACGGGUGAAAGACCGUACAAGUGUGAUGAAUGUGGGAAGAGUUUCACAGUGAAAUCAACCCUGGACUGCCAUGUGAAAACACACACAGGUCAGAAACUAUUUAGCUGCCACAUGUGCAACACCUCCUUCUCCACAAAGGGCAGCCUGAAGGUGCACAUGCGCCUCCACACCGGCUCCAAGCCCUUCAAAUGUCCCUUCUGCGAUCUUCGCUUCAGAACUUCAGGCCACCGCAAAACACACAUCCAGUGUCACCUCCGACCGAAUUGUGACAGCCGCAAAUCCAAGCGUUCUUCCUCGUCUGCCGGUCACAUGAGACAGAGUCAAGACCUGAGCGGUGGGCAGACGGUGUCUUCGGGUCGGGGACAGCAGCCAUCUGCUUCAGAGUCUCUUCAAUCUGUGGGUCUGUUUCAAACGUCCAACUCUGACCCCAGCAUUUACCUCCCACCCAAUCUGACUGGGCAGUUUGACCAGAACUUACUGCAACCAGGACUUGUAAGUCAGGCCAUCCUGCCUGCCUCCAUGUCAGCUGCAGGGGACCUCACUGUGUCACUCCCUGACAGCCUGACAACCUUGGAUGGCAUCCACCUGCAGUUGACGCCAGUGUGUCCCAAUGUCCAGAUCUCUGGCAUCGAUACAAGCAACAUCAACAACAUCACGCUGCAGUGCCUCUUUCCUUCACAGAUUGACCAUACCCUCCUCCAGCAGACCUUACAGCAGGGUGGUCUCCUCUCUCAACCCCUGAGUGUGGACACCAGCCUUGUACCCCACUCAGGCAGCCAGCUCAUGUCUACAACUGACCCCUCGGUGUCUGCCAACGUCAUCAUCCACCCUCUGACCAGCUUGGCCUUGCAGCCGUCUACGAUCACCCCUCCGCAAGUCUCAAUGGCUGGACUGUCAGAACAGGAUACUACAGGCUCCCAGGACCUGAACCAUGUCAUGGGCAGCUCUGGGUUAGUGGCAGGAGGUAACAGCAGCCAGGAGAUAACGCUGACCAUCAACAAUUCCAGCCUGACUCAAGCUCUUGCCCAGGUCCAUGCCCAGGCUUCAGCUGCUGGUUCCACCACAGCUGCAGGAAACCAUCAGGAGAUUACUCUCACAAUAUCAGGUCAAGACCUGCUCACCCAGCAUAACAAUCCCAAUGGUGUAGAGAUGAACGGGAGUAUCCGACUGGCAUCUCCACUAACGAGUCAGCCGGGCAACGCGACCCUGACCGUCACCAAUGACCACCUUCUACCUCAAAGCCCCACCAAUGCUGGAAUGACAGUCACAAGUCUGCCACCUACCACCACUCUGUCACACACCGCUGCAUCCCAGAGCCUAGUGAUGUCACCAGGGGGUGUGGCCAGCGAUGGCAGUGUCACUCUAACCCUCGCCGAUGCUCAAGGCAUGCUGGAUGGUGUUACUCUAAACCUCAAUACACAGGGUCAGUCAUUUCCUGCAGUGCUGAAUGAGUCUGGCAUACCAGGACAACCAGUCAGCUCAGACCAGCAGGUCAUACUGGUCAGCCACCAUUCUCAACCCACAAAUGGAGCAUCUGAUAACAGAUAUAUUAAUUCUGGUGAUGGCCAUAAAGGUGGGAAGGAGCCCCAGAUGGAGGCCGAUAGCCGGAAUCAGUGUUUCUACUGUAAUGAAGUUUGCCAGAACGCCAAUUCACUGCGACGCCACUGCAGACAAGCUCAUGGGAAGGACCGCUGCCAUGUUUGCAGCGUCUGUAGAAAGGCCUUUAAACGAGCUACGCACCUCAAGGAGCAUGAACGAGUGCACCAGCCGGGGCCGUCACCCAGCUCCCAGAAACCCCGGGUCUUCAGCUGUACCUCCUGCGUGAAGGCUUUCGCCAAACGCAGCCAGCUGGAGCGACACAACCGAACACACACAGGUGAGAGGCCCUUUAAGUGCAAUCAGUGUGACAAGGCCUUCAACCAGAAGAGCGCUCUGCAGGUCCACAUGGUCAAACACACUGGAAAGAAACCCUUCAAGUGUGAGGUGUGCAGCAUCAGGUUCACCCAGAAAAGCAACAUGAAGCACCACAUGAAGAGAUCCCACGGCUACGGUCAAAUCCAUGACGUUCCCUUGGGCCAAGAAGAGCAAGUGGCCCAGGUUGAGGUGACACCAGAGCUUGACCUCGAGGUGGUCCCUGAAUCAGCCGGAGACUGGCACAAUGUCUUCCCCUGACAAGAGUCUACACGAGUCCCAAGAGUCUUUAAGCACUUAUUAAAUUUUGCAACUAAGCAGCAAAGCUUUGUCAAACAUAUUGUUAAAGAAGACGAUCAGAUUUUAUGAAUUUGCUCAUCAAAGUCUUGAACUCCAGCUGCAGUCUUUUUCUGCUUAUUAAAUUGGCAGCAAAGGAAGGGGAGUCUGGUUCUCUGGAUCUACUUAAUGAAUUUCAUCUGCUCCUCUCUGCUGUCUGAUUGUCAUCAGUAUGAUAACCUCCAGAGAGCUUUGGCUCAAUAAACCCAUGCAUCCACGGGGAUUCUCCAUACCAACAUUAACCCUGUUGGAAAGAGGAAAUAGUGGAUGACAGGACUGAAGAAAAAAAAAAAACAUCCAGAGAACCUGAGUCUUGUCUCUUUAUGACAGCGGAGCUGCAGCCAGCUACACUG